UUGACAUGGUUGUAUGGGUUAAUUUGAAACUGAUUACCUCAGAACCAUAUGCACAAACAAAAUCUUAUUGUAAAUUAAUUGACUCAGAGUUUCAAAUAAUAAACUGAAAGUAGUAUUAAGUUUCUUAUUUAUCAUGUAGUACAGUUGUCUUUUCUUGUUAAACAUGGAAAGGUUAACAUGCAUUGAUUAGAGAAUUUGUGGUCAAUGUGGAGUGACGACUGUAUAUAGGGGUGUCCCACUGUAAAUUAUAAAUAGCUAUCAGUUUAAAUAUCUCUUAAAAAGUGUUGUAUACAUUCAUUCAUAACACAUGUGUGAAUAAUCCGACAGUCUGUGUUUAGAGAGAGAUAAAACGAUGAUUAUUAUUUGAAGUUUUUACCUAUAUGAUGGAGACUAAAGUAAUAUGGAUUUAAAUUCAUUGAGGAUCACGUUUAUUUUGGUCCUAGUGUCCAUCAUAUGCAAUGUUUAUUGUAAAAAUAAAAGAGACUACAAUGUAUUGUCCAAUGUGAGAAGAUACAAUUCAACUGGAAUAUUAAAACUACGGUCGAAAGGCUACAAAUUCAACAGUGAUUGGACACCUUCAAAAUUAAAAUUAAGAAAUGCAAGACGUUUCAUCAAAACAUAUAGAAACCAGUUAACAUAUUAUUUCUCUGGGAAUAUUUCUCUUGUGAAUAUCGAUGUACCUAUUUUAAGUGUUUUUCAUCGUAAGAAACAAUUACCAUUCUUAGAAGUGAUUGUAAAUAUUAACAAAGACAAAUUAGUUUUUAGAUAUCAAGGAAAAGUGUCAUUCCAAAGAAUAGAAACUCCACUCCAUUCGGGAGGAAAAAGUGCUUUAAAUUUAUUAAUUUAUUAUAAUAGUACACAUGUGACUUUUAAUUGUAAUUGUGUUCUUAGUACCAUAAAACUUCGACAAACUGUGGCAAGAUUUUCCCACAAUGCAAUCAUCUUUCUUCAGAAUCGUAAAAGCUCACAGAAAUUUCAGGGAGAAGUGCGACAAUCAAAAGUCUAUAGUUAUAACAGAAAGCAGAAAUUUAAAUGUCCGGAACAAAACACAGAUACUGGAAAGCCAAAUGUCAGGGCUGAGGCAGUGUCCAGUACAAGUAUACGAGUGUCUUGGUCCAGACCUGUCAACAAGGAAUGUCCCAUUUUGGCGUACUCUGUCACAGUGAAGGUGUCUGACACUGGAAGUGUUGUAGAAACAAGAGUGAUGUUGGCAACAGAUUCAAUGAAGACAUUCACAGGUCUGGUACCUCAUACUAAUUAUACAGUAUUUGUGAUGGGCUUUACAGCAAGGUGUGGGGCAGGGGAUCAGUCAGAUCCAGUCACAGUGGCAACACUAGAUGAUGCAGAACUAGUUCAGAAUGAUGACAGAAUAUUUAAUUCUCUUGGUAGUACAGACAAGCGUUUAAACUCUCUACUAGCAAACAGUAUCCAAUUUUCAAGGAACAGUUUAGAAGAUGAUAGAAUUUCUCAGCUUAAGUUUUCUGUAGACAGUUUAACAACCCAGAAUACUGAUUUAAGGUCUAAAGUACAACAGUUGGAAGAUACAUGUGUAUGUUACCCACAAUGCACUAUUGGCAGCAGAACUUAUGAUGAAAGUCAAACUUGGGAAGAAGGUCGUUGUAACAUUUGUACUUGUAGAAGAGGCAGACCACAAUGUAGGACAAGAUCUAAUGUCUCAAACUGUAUUUGUAAGUAG